CCUAAGGACCUGUGUUACUAAAGAACAAACAAACACAAGGSGAUAAUAUGUCGUUUUAGCUCUUAUAUAUAAUUAUCACCUACAUGACGCUUUACUGACGACAGUUUGGAUUAUUUUACAGUCUGAAGUCUUACAGGUGAGAGGGAAGCUUGUUCCGCGGAGGGAGACUGAAGAGCACCGACAUGAGAAAUUUGAUCCUGCUGGUGUUUCUGCUGCUGCUCCUGUCUGCAGAGCUGCUGUCCAUUCAGGUGGUCGUCCCAGAGACGGAGAGGAGAACGAUGCUGUUCUCCUCGGUGAUCAUACGCUGCGACUACUCGACUUCGGCGAACGCUCUGGAUGUUCUUGUCACCUGGAGGUUCAAGUCCUURUGCAAAGACCCGGUUCUAGAGUACUACUCCACAGCUUAUCAGGCAGCCCUGCAGCUCGGUCAGGAUCCUACCAACGACUGCCCGGACCGCCAGCGCACGGUUCGCACUGUCAUCCAGAAGAGGGGCAUCAGCGAGCCCAUGCUGGGUGCAGAGUACAGAAAUCGCAAAAUAACCAUCCAGAACAAGGCUGAUUUAGUCAUAAAUGAGGUGAUGUGGUGGGACAACGGCAUGUAUUACUGCAGCAUCGAUGCUGCCGGGGACACGACGGGUGACUCGGAUCGUGAAAUCAGACUCAUUGUGUUUCACUGGCUGACCGUCCUGCUGAUUAUCAUCGGUUUUCUCCUCCUCAUCAUGGUGUUCUGCAUAUGUUGCUGCCAGUGCUGCCCACAGAAGUGCUGCUGCUACAUCCGCUGCCCGUGUUGUCCUCAGACCUGCUGCUGUCCAGAGAAAGCUGUGAUGCAGCACCGGAUGAUUAAGGAGGCUCAGAAGGUCAUGACUCCAUGGAUGAAUGGUCAACCUAUUUAUACAAGUGUAUCUAAUGCCUCCUCCCAGGGUGUGCCUUUACUCUACUCAGGUUCUGGAUCUGAUUAUCCAGUCAAACCAAACUUUGCCAUGACUCCCCUUCAGCUGACACCCAUGACCRUGCAGCAGCAGGCCCCUCCUCCUCUACAACAUUACAGGAACAACAGCSUACGUAGCAUCAUUCCAGGAAACAACCAGGUGUUGGACUACCUGGAGAACCAGGUGAGGGGYCUGGAAGUCGGGGUCCCUCAGAUGGCCCCUCAAGCUGUUCGGAACAUGGCCUCAUUACAGGCUCAGCCCUCUCCUCCAGUGGUCCCCUACACCCCUGGACCGCCCAGCAUGCUGUCGGCACUGGAUGAGAUGGGGGUGAAAGGUGAAGAGAGGAGGGUGAUCACUCUGCCUCCUAUUAUUGAGCGAGUUCCCAGUUUUUCCCCCCGCAGGGGGUUCUCUGGRGGUGAUGGAGCCAGAGAUUAUURCAGGAUGCCCAGUCAGUCCAGCAGCAGCACCAACCGCUCCGGAGGAGGCCUCCACCGGGACYGCCGAGGGUACAGAGGCGCAGACCCUCCUGCGCAGGGGAUUCUACGGGAUUACAGCGACGACUCGGACUGGGACAACAGGCGAGGGAGAGCACCACACAGGGGUUCGAGGGCUUCGAGGAACGAGAGAGGAAGCUCUGGUGGGAGGGCAGGAGGUGGGUCCAGGCCGCGUACCCGCAGCCGAGACGACCUGCUUGAAGAGCUGCGUACCAGAUCAAGUCGGAGGGAGAGGAGCUACUCUCCUCCUCAGCACAGAAAAGGCUCCUGGAGCUCUGAUGAGGAGGACAGCAGUAGGAGAAAUGGAGGACGGGGGAGGGAUUGGCCAGAGAAACCACCCAGCUACUUUUCUAUCGAUCCAAGACGCGAUAACAGARGCAGGAACUACGACCACCUUUCU